CCAUGGGCCAAGAUUAUUACUCCGUGCUUCAGAUCACUCGCAAUGCUGAGGAUGCCCAGAUCAAGAAGGCGUUCCGGAAACUCGCUCUUCAGAACCACCCACUGAGGUCCGUGGAGCCAGCUUCAGCGGAGAUAUUUAAGCAAAUAGCAGAGGCUUACGAUGUGCUGAGUGACCCUGUGAAGAGAGGCAUCUAUGACAAGUUUGGAGAGGAGGGCUUGAAAGGUGGGAUUCCUGUGGAGUUUGGAUCACAAGUCCCAUGGACAACCGGUUAUGUCUUCCACGGCAAUGCGGAAAAGGUUUUCCAGGAAUUCUUUGGAGGAGACAACCCCUUCAGUGAGUUUUUUGAUCCGGAAGGCAGUGAGUUGGAUUUGAACUUUGGGGGGCUCCGUGGCCGAGGGGUCAAGAAGCAGGACCCCCCAAUUGAACGAGACCUUUACUUGUCCCUGGAGGACUUAUUCUUUGGCUGCACCAAGAAGAUUAAGAUCUCCAGAAGGGUGCUGAAUGAGGACAAGUACUCCUCCACCAUCAAGGACAAGAUCCUGACGAUCGACGUGAAGCCUGGCUGGAGGCAGGGCACACGCAUCACCUUCGAGAAGGAAGGGGAUCAGGGCCCCAACAUCAUCCCGGCUGACAUCAUCUUCAUUGUAAAGGAGAAGCUUCACCCCCGUUUCCGCAGGGAGAACGACAACCUUUUCUUUGUGAGCCCCAUCCCUUUGGGCAAGGCUCUUACCUGUUGCACUGUGGAGGUGAAGACCCUGGAUGACCGUCUGCUCUGCAUCCCCAUCAAUGACAUUGUCCACCCCAAGUACUUCAAGAAGGUGUCAGGUGAGGGGAUGCCGUUGCCCGAGGACCCCACCAAGAAGGGGGACCUUUUCAUCUUCUUUGACAUCCAGUUUCCCACGCGCCUCACACCCCAGAAGAAGCAGAUGUUGCGCCAGGCACUGCUGACAUAACGAUAGUGGGCUGGGGGCUGAAGCAGAGGUGGGAGAAGGCAGCCAGGCCUUACCCACCUGCCACUACCUCCCAAAGCCUCCAGUGUGCAAGGGAGCUGGCCCUGCUACACAGAUGUGAGGGCGAAGGUGGAGCGGCAGAGGACUUUGACACUGACAUAAUAAAGACUCGAUUCUGAUCUUCCUGCUAAACCCAGGACAAUAUGUAGGAGGGAGAGGAGUUCCCUCCCAGCCCUCCCUGACGCAGAGGGAAGAGCAGGGGCCCUGUCCUGCCUGCAGCAAAGACUUGUGGGCAGGGCAGGUCUCUGAGCCUCUGGGCUUCCACCUUGGUAAAGCUGGGCAGGGCUGUGAGGCCUCUCAGGGUCCACGGGCUCUGUUCAUUCACAACAUGGGAGCUCCGUAGAGUGUGAUAUGGGCACGUUGAAAAGACAAGAAAGCCAAAGUCCAAGAGAGAAGACUUGUCCCUGGUCACACAGGUGUCCGUGGAAAAAUCAGUACUACUACCUGCUUCCUCUGCCAAGGCCACUUCCCUGACUGCCUAGAGGGAGCACCAGCACUGGAAACAGCCUGGGCUUCUCCCGUCCUGCCGAGUCAGUCGGGAACUGGCCUGUGGGACCAGUCAACUCCCCUCCCAGGGUCUUUUGUAGAGUAGAGCAGAGCCAACAACCCUCACCUCACUGACUUGUGAGGAUUAAGGGAGAUCAUUGCUGUGAAUGUGCUUGGUGAACUUAAAAGGGUGACGUUGCUGCUGAAGACCAGGGAGAGGGGUUCUCGCCUCCAGGCCUGCGUAGAACACACCUGCCUGCCCUUUAGUCAGGACAGUGUGUUAAUACACUCCUUCUAUGCAAGGGCAAAGGGCAGAGCCUGAGUGUAGACUCAGAAUAGGUCCGGGUAUGGACAAAGCUGGGGGUCACUCAAGCAAGUUGCAGGGACUUGAGCACCACAAAAGGCUGAAGAGGUUGGCAGCACUUGCCAACCAGCAACAGCAGACACAGGUGUAGCACCCAAGACCAGGACUCGAGGAAGCAUCUGAGGAUAAUGGGUUUUAGAAUCAAGACACAUGUUUGAAUCUCAGCCAUGCAACUUCCCAGCUUGUGUCCUUGGGUAAACCCUGCAGCAGGGAUCGAGGAGCCCUGGUGUUGCAGUAGUUAAGCACAUGGCUAACCAAAGAGCUCAUGGUUGGAACCUACCAAGGAUUGAGGGAGAAGACUUGGGGACCUCCCUUAACUGUUACACCUUUCAUGAAUUGCAACGACAUGGAGUAGGAAGUAUAUCUCCACACUUUUGAAAAAGUAAAAAUCCUGACAACUGGACCAAUAAACAACUUCAUGGUAAAAAGUAGACAAGCUGUCAAGGUUUCAUUUGACUUGGAUCCAGUCAGUGUCCACGGAAACAGCAGUCACCAAGUCAAAUGAUAUACUGCACUGGGCCAGUCUGUGGCACAGGUCUCUUUAAAGCAGUGGUUCUCAA